AACCUGCCUUGCAUGCAUUCCAAAGCUGCUGCUGCUGCUAAAACUGAGAGAUCGCCAGAAAGAGACGGUGUCGAAGAGACAGGAGAGGGAGCGAUUACUCCCAUCGUUUGAGAUUCAGACACACUGUCUUGGCCUUCUCGCUUCAGAUCAGCUGAAAAGAUGUUUGAUGAUCAAGAUCUGGGUUUUUUUGCCAAUUUUCUUGGCAUUUUUAUAUUUGUUCUGGUGAUCGCUUACCAUUAUGUGAUGGCUGACCCUAAAUAUGAAGGCAACUGAAACUAGCGUGGGAUACCCAAACAAGAGUCUUCAUGGUAGUCAAACGGUGUCAAUUUUAGCUUAACCACGAUGAAAGCCUUAAAUAGAUUGCCUCCAUUCCUUGAUGUUCUGAAUUUCUUUUUAAGGUUUUAGAAUAUGUAGAAUGUGUUCUUUACACUGUUGGAUAAUGUUAUGCGAUUGAUGUGCAAUAUUUUACCAUGGUCAGUAUGAACAAAA